CCAUGACCGGCUUCUUCAACGCCAGCGCGCGAUGCAUGCUCUACUUGUAGAUAUUACUGUAAAUAGCGAUGGCCUCUGUAUAUAUGCUUCGACUUCUCACCCACUCUCGCUUGCCGCUUUCCUCGCCUUUCUAAUAUUCUCCUCCUCCUCCUCCUCCUCCAUAUUAUGAUCAACGCCAAGGACCCUCUGGUCCAAAUCAAAAUCACCGAGUCGGUGUGCGCGUUUGUCGCGAUAUGUACCACAUUAUAUCGACUGUGGAUUCGGAAGGGGAGGUGGUGGAUUGACGAUACACCGCGCUCGCACUCGUAUUUCCCGCUUUCAAGUGGGGUUGAGUGGGCUGGUUCCGCUGAUAUCCGACGCGUUUUUCAUCUUACGUCCGAAAAGAGGACUAAUACGUACUUUCUAGGCAUGGGCAGCAUUUGCGCUUCUUACCCUCAUUGCGCAGAUAGGGGCCGUGUUCAUGCACGUUGAGAAUCCAAGCGACAUCUCAAAGCUGUCUCGACUCGCGGCGUAUUAUCUUAUGGCGAUCACCUUUUACACUGUCAUCUGGGCAUCACGGAUAUCUAUCAUUUUCAGUAUUAUUCGCAUUGACCCCAAUCCAUCGCGACGGUUUAUUUACAUCGGCGUUUCAAUCAUCUACUUCAUCGCCGUCGUCGUGAUGAUCGUUCAGCUCUUCUGGGUUUGUGAACCUAUGCCGGGGUGGAAGGACGCGGCCAGCCCGCAAUGUCCGCUAACAAAACAAGUAGCAAUAUGUCAACUCGUUACUGAUAUCCUUGCGGACAUGUUUUUACUAUUCGCCCCCUUGAGAGUGUUCCUGCACCUCCAGGACAAGGCACUACGCCGAAAACUCAUCGUCAUCUUUUCCACAUGCAUCGUGACCACCAUCGUCUCCCUCGUACACGCAGCCUACAUCCUAACCACCGGCGGAAUCAGAGUCAUCAUCUCCGCCCUAGUCGAAGACUGCGUCUCACUCAUCGUCGCCAACGUCCCCGUCGUCGUCACUGCUCUCCUCCGCCAUGCCGGCGACCACGAUCAUAAACCGGUCCCUACCAAAUCAUUCAUGUCUACUGCUAUUCAUUUUGCUUCUAGAAAACUUAAAAUCAGUAGAGAUGGAAGUAAGGCAAGUCAUGAACGGACGUGGUCUAGUUCGGCUACGUUGACGAAUGUGGGUGGUGCUGCAACUUCUAUUGGGGUGGUCAGUCAUGGUGUUACUGGUGAUGAUCAUUAUCCACCACAUGGUGGUCGUGGAAGGGGAGCGACGACAACGACGGGCGGGGUGGGGGUCACGUCUGAACCCAUCAUGUUGGAUUUCAUGGAUCAGAAAGGGUCUGCAAACUUGACCAACGGGGAAGAGGAUGAAGAGAUUUGGAGGCAAAAUAAGUCGAGGGGAACACCAGCUUGA